AUGAUCAGGUAUCUGAUGUUCCAGGCCGCCAUGCGCAUCGUCCAGCUUGUGGACAGUGAUUUGGCCACCGAGCCUGUCGUUCAAUAUGCAUUGUUCGUGCUGCAUAACAACAAUGGCAAUCACAAAGACCAACUGGGUGCAGUAAAGUGCUUGCGGAUGUUCACGCUUUGUGGUUCCUCGGGUUUGUUGAAGCAGAAGACAAUGGCGGUGCUGUCGAGCGCACAUCCUCUAAACCCAGACAUAGCUGAGCGCACACAACGCUGGAUCUACUAUUGCGGUAGCCGUUGCCGUCGCUUUCGCUGCCUAUUGAAGUCGAGAGAGCCACUUCUGCAAGCUGUCAUCGAUUGA